CAAAUGAAAGAACAAGCAAAGAGCUUUUCAGUGGAGAUCAAGCAGAUAGACUUGGAUGUUAACCGCACCUUCCGAAACCACAUCAUGUUUCGGGAUCGCUACGGAGUGAAGCAGCAGGCACUCUUCCACGUCCUGUCAGCAUACUCGGUUUAUAACACUGAAGUGAGCUACUGCCAAGGGAUGAGCCAGAUCGCAGCCAUCCUCCUGAUGUACUUAAACGAAGAGGAUGCGUUCUGGGCACUGGCACAGCUGCUGACCAACCAGCGGCAUGCCAUGCAUGGUUUUUUCAUUCCCGGGUUCCCGAAGCUGCAGAGAUUUCAAGCUCACCACGAGCAGAUUUUAAGCAAACUGUUUCCCAAACUGAAGAAGCACAUGGACAAGGAGCAGAUGACUACAGGGAUUUACACGACCAAGUGGUUCCUGCAGUGUUUCAUUGACCGGACCCCCUUCACCCUCACCUUGCGGCUGUGGGAUAUCUACAUCCUGGAAGGAGAGCGGGUGCUGACGGCCAUGGCUUACACCAUCCUCAAACUGCACAAAAAGCGCCUGCUGAAGAUGAUGCUAGAAGAUUUACGGGAAUUUCUGCAGGAGAAAAUUGCCACUUCCCUCCAGUAUGAGGAUGAUGCUGUCAUCGAACAACUGCAGGUGUCGAUGACCGAACUGCGCAAGAUGAAAUUUGACCUCCCCCCACCAGCAAAGCCUGAGGAGUUCCCACGGAAACCCCUGGGCCUGGAGCUCUCCUUUAACCCAGUAGCCAUGAAAUGCAACGUGGCAGCCAACAGCCAGAAUGGCCGGGUAGGCGAGUACCCCCCGGACAGGGAGCCCCACCUUCCCAGAAGUCCCAGGGCACCGGGAGGAACAACAGCAGUGGAGGCGAGGACUCCCAACCUCCAGGGCAGUGAAGCAGCUGAAAUGACGGACUUCCACCUGCAUCCUCCUGGCAGGGGGCCGGCGGGAGAGGAGGGUCAGGUGGAGCCCAGUGGGGACAGGCAGCCGCCAUCUCUUCUGAAGACGAGCGAGACGCACACCCAUCAUCACCUCUUGCCCACAACCCUGCCUUCAGAGCAGCCUCUUCUCACUCCUGGCCAUGCAAUGGUGGACAAAGAGUCAGCCUCCCUUCCCGCCCUGGCUGAGCAUGACUCCUUGGGCUUCUCUCUUCAAAACAUGCCAAGACCUCCUGACUCAAGCACCACUGAGCUUUCUGCUAUGGACCACGUGGUUUGCCUGCCAAAUCCUGCUGCCCUGCCGGCAGGAGAACAAGCCUCUUCCCUCUGCAAAGAGAAAGCUCUUGAUGUACCCCCUCAUCCUCAGCCAGGCAGCUGGCAGCAGCUCUCUGGCGUGCUGCAGCGCGAUGGCUCUCCUGGGAGCAAGCGUGGGGAGGAGACAGCUGAGAAGCGCUGCAGAGCAGUGCUGCUGGAUAAAACGGACUCAAAGCACUUAGCAUCCAAAGCUGCAUCCAUGGGGGAGCUCACCAGCCCGCAGCAGAACGGGCCAGGGAGCGCCACCAGCACCGUGCACUGGCCAGAGGGCUUGGGCCUGCUCCCUGCACAUGGGCUGGCGGGCGGCAGCGUGCCCAUCUUGCCCAGCAGCGAGUCGGAGGCAGUGGGGCUGGGUGAAGGCUGCCGCUUCCAGCGGGCACCAUCCCCCACAGUGGAGGGGAACAGCCCCUACACCAUUAUCAAAACCACCACUCCCCUCCACCUGGCCCGUGCAACAGAGCAGGACUUCUCGAACAGAAAGCAGGUGGCACUGCCUCUGCCAGACACUGGACAGCCCCUGCCUGUCACCCCCGUGCCACCAUCUCUUGCGCUGGACCCGGAGGAGGGAGAUGCCCAGAAAAGCCUCCAGAAACCAUUAAAUGCACUGACAGCCCCACGACCCCCUCUAAGCCCCAAACCAAAAUUCCCACCACAGGUUGCCAAAUCCCGCUCAGAGAACAGUUUCCUUUCAGGCUCUCCUCCCCUGGCAAAACUGCCCAAAUCGGUGACAUUUUAG